CCUAAUUUUGAAAUUUGAAUUAUAAAGGGUCAAUGAAAGCUACACGAGACAGAGCAUGUUUGAGAGAGGGAAGCGGAUUUAUCGACUCUGACGAAUGUAGAUCAUAGAAUACAUACUACAAUAUAUAUAUAGGCACCUCCGCCUCAUCGGAGUUGCAGUCCCCUUUCUCUCUCUACCCUUUUAUUUUAUCAUUAUUUUUAUCAUUUCUUUCUUCAUCUAUUACAAUACCCAUAUGCCAAUUUAUCUAUUUAUCCAUUCUUUUUGAUAAAGAUUGGAUUUUUGUCAAUACCCAACUCAUUUUUGUAGCUAGAGAUUGAAAAAGUUUGCAUCUUUUAGGGUUUCUUUGUGUUUCUUGAAACCCUAAGCUGCUAAUUGGGUGAAGAAGAUCUAUGGCCCAAAAUGAGCAGGGGAUUGACCCUGCUGUUCUUGAUGAUAUUAUCAAUAGGCUCUUGGAGUUCCGGCAGGCCAGGACUGCCAGGCAGGUUCAACUUUCUGAGAAUGAUAUCCGACAACUCUGCGCCGCAGCUCGAGAAAUUUUCCUCCAACAGCCUAAUUUGUUGGAGCUUGAAGCCCCCAUCAAGAUCUGCGGUGACAUUCAUGGGCAAUACGGCGACCUUUUAAGGCUUUUUGAAUACGGCGGGUUUCCUCCUGAGGCUAAUUAUCUGUUUCUCGGGGACUAUGUGGACCGCGGAAAACAGAGUUUGGAGACUAUAUGCCUCCUUCUCGCUUACAAAAUAAAAUACCCUGAAAAUUUUUUCCUUUUAAGAGGAAAUCAUGAAUGUGCCUCCAUUAACCGUAUUUAUGGAUUCUAUGAUGAAUGUAAGCGGAGAUUUAAUGUGAGACUCUGGAAAACGUUCACAGACUGUUUCAAUUGCCUUCCUGUGGCUGCUCUCAUUGAUGAUAAAAUUCUUUGCAUGCACGGUGGCCUCUCUCCAGAUUUGACCAACUUGGAUCAGAUAAGAAAUAUAACUCGUCCAACAGAUGUUCCAGACUCUGGUUUGCUCUGCGAUUUACUUUGGUCAGAUCCUAGUAGAGAAGUCAAAGGCUGGGGAAUGAAUGACAGGGGAGUCUCGUACACUUUUGGCCAGGAUAAGGUUGCAGAAUUUUUAAUGCAGCAUGACAUGGAUUUGGUUUGCCGUGCUCACCAGGUUGUGGAGGAUGGGUAUGAAUUCUUUGCCGAGAGACAGCUUGUGACUAUUUUUUCAGCCCCCAACUAUUGUGGUGAAUUUGAUAAUGCUGGUGCAAUGAUGAGUGUCGAUGAAAGCUUGAUGUGCUCCUUUCAGAUUUUGAAGCCUGCAGAUAGAAAACCCAGAUUUAUGUGAAGCCAGUCUUGGAUUCCUCUCUCUGGCCGAGAAAAUCCUUGCCUCUUUUUAAUUUUCAGAAAAUCCUUCUUGCUCAUGUUGGAAGCAUUACUUUGAAGAUGCUCUCCAGGCUUGGGCGGUGAAAUUAGAAAAUUAUCCGUUUAAAUGGUGUAAGAUCCUUUAAUUUAAAGGUUCUAUGUGUUGCAAGACAUUCGGAGUUACCUUUUUAUAUUUUUGGAGGCAAAUUGUCCCCUUGGUUGGUUGAUAGCCCCCAAGUAUUAUUUGUAUCCCAAUUCUUCGUGCUGUUGAAGAGGACCAUGUAAAUGCAUUGGAUAUUGCAGAUUCGGUUUUGUAAUUUUGUUAGAUUGUCGGCUGUAGUCGUUAAUUGCCGCUAAUCAUAGUCUUUCAUCCAUCAAA